AUGGAAAAUAUAAAAAGAAAUGUAAUACAACAUAUAAAUAAAACUAGAGGAUAAAUGUAAUUAUACAAGAUCUUGACGUGUGCAGGAUCUUAAGCCCCGCCCCUUUGAGCUCACACUCAUUUGCAUACACACAUUCUGGUGUGAUGUAUUUAUCAAUUAGUGUUUGUGUUGUGAAAAUGUGAUCAGAUGUGCGUCAUUUUGGGAGGAAGUGUUACAGUCUUGUGUUUGAGAUGUGUGUGAGAACGCAGAGCCGAAGGAGCGCAGGGUUGUGUGUGUGUGUGUGUGUGUGUGUGUGUGUGUGUGUGUGUGUGUUGCUCAGAGACACUCAUCAGGCAGCAAGCGUUUCAGCGCAGCAUCCCACAAACAAACGCGUGUGUCAUGUGAAUGUGAGUGUGAUGUAGAGUCCAGAGGUCAGAGGUCAGCCGGCUGUAUUGUCAGCACACAGGAAGUUGUGGUGUGAUGCUCUCAGUCCUCCGCUUUCACACACUCCUCUGCUGCCGUCGCAUUCACACACUUGUGUGCAGGGAAGAAGGGUUGACAUCAUAUGAAAUUAUUUUAAUUGUCACAAAAAAAUGCUGUCUUGAUUUCCUAUAUUUACACUAAAGGUCAAAAUGUCAAAUGAUUAAGAUUUGUUUUUCAAAUAAGUCUCUUCUGCUCAUCAGGGAUGCAUUUAUUUAAUCAGAAAUACAGUAAAAACAGUGAAAUAUUAUUCUAAUGUAAACAUCUGUUUUCUGUGUGAAUCUGUGUUAAAGUGUAAUGUAUUUCUGUGAUGCUCCGCUGUAUUUUCAGCAUCAUUCCUCCAGUCUUCAGUGUCACAUGAUCUUCAGAAAUCAUGAAUAAUCUGCUGAUUUACUGCUCGAGAAACAUUAUCAGUGUUGAACAGAUUAAUAUUUCUGUGGAAGCUGUGCUGGGUUUUAUUUCUCAGGAUUCACAGAUGAACAGACAGCGGAGGUUGAAGGCCCGUGACCUGAGGUCAUCGCUCAGGAAACACUCAUCUGACGUGGAACUAUUGUGUGUGUGUCUCACAGGAGGAAAUAGUUCCAGAGCGCCGCACGUUUCCAGGGGGAACCUUUAUAGGGGGCGGCACCUGAGCGGGUCAGAGGUCACGUCAGUCUGUGACUCUGAAGAAUGACGGGCUAUAAACGAGCCGCUGAUUAAAUGUGACACAAAGCUCACAGUCGUCACCAGGGCUGUCUGAAGCGAGCGAGUCUGUGAGGAACCAGGAUCUGUGUUCAGUCUGCUGAGUGACGUCUGAGGGGCGGGGCGUCGCUCACGGCAACCUGUGGCUAUGUGUGACAUCACAGCGAUGCUCCUUAAAGGGCCGGCGCAGCACCUGCUCCGACAGAGACCCGUCCUGAAGCCUACAGGACAGAACCAUAACACUGGACUGCUAGCUGGUUAGAUUUCUCUCGAACAAGGAUGUUUUUUUCAUCUCCUCUGAACUUCGGCUCCUCUCUUCAUCUCACUCGCCUCCUGCUCCUCAUCAUCGCUGUGGCAACACAGGUGGAGGGACGGCCGUCACCACGGCGACCGGACGCUCAGGUUCUGCAGGAUCUGUUCGGGCUGAAGAUCAGCUCUCUGGUACUGGCUCACCCAGAGGUCAGCGAGGGGUCAGCAGAUGAAGCCCCGCCUCUCUCACAGCCGCGUCAUGCUAACGCCGCUCCGUCACGCGUGUUCCUGGAGCUGCUGGGCCGUCACAGGAAGCUGCAGGGGCGGAGCAGGAAGGGCGUGGCGCGCGGCUGCUUCGGGAUGAAGGUGGACCGGAUCGGGGUCAUCAGUGGACUGGGAUGCUGACGCUCUCAGGUGAUCGAGACCUUCACCUGAGCAUCACAGAUCCAGCUCUUCUCCUGAUGUGUGUGUUGACUGUCGGAUCAUUGUUCCUGUCCAGACGGAUGUGACGAGACCGACUCUGCAGAACACACACCUUCAUGUGUUUGUCUUCUAAAGAUCCUGAGGUCUUCUCAGCAGUGUGUGUGUGUGUGUGUGUGUGUGUGUGUGUCUCUGUGUGUGUGUGUGUGUCUCUCUGUGUGUGUGUGUGACCUCUGGCUGAUUGUCCGGUCAGUUUUGUCUUCUGUGUCUGACGUGACAGAGCUUCUGUUCAGUUUGUGAGUGGGAACUUUUUCUCAAUAUUUAACACAAGUUUAAACUUGUUUGUAUGUCCUCCAUAAAUAUUAUUUAACAUCUAAAUCUGAGCUGCUGUUGUUUUUUGUAUUCCUCUCUAUAUUCUAAAGGUUUGUUCUUAUUUCAUUCACACUGAUUUAACAUUUUACUCCUGAAAACAUGGUGAAAAUGUGUGUGUUUUCUGUCUGUUGACAGUAUUUAAUGAUUUAUGAAGCGAUAAAACCCCUAACCCUAAAUAAUUACAAAUUAUAGUCUCAGGCAGGGUCAGAAGGGUUUUGAUGCCUGUGUGCAUCAUCACUGAGUUUUCAUGCGCAUUAAAAUCAUUUCUAUUUGAAGAAGAGCAGAUUUUCAGAAGCAGUGUCUGCGUACGUCAUUAUUCACCCCCGACAAGACCCGCCCACCGAGGUUCAUACUUCUGAUUGACAUGUAAACUGACCAACCAGCGAUAAGAUGUCAGCCAGGUGUUGCCAAGGAUUGAAGCGACUCCAAUAACAUUAUAUUUAUCUCCUGCAGUGCGAAAUUAAGCCAAAAAACGAUUGGGUUAUUUUGGGGCAUAUUUUGAGUAGCAUUUACCGCCACCUACUGGUUAUUUCAGUUUCAUGUUUAAAAGAAUCAUUCGAUUUUUUCUAUCAUUUUAUAUUUCUGUAUUGCAGUAUUUAUAUUUAAAACAUUAAUCUCAUAACAUUAUUUAUGCAAUUUGUAUGAUUUUUUUAAUAAAAUUGCAAA